AUGUACUGCAGAGUUAACCUGAGUGUGCCAGUGCUGGAAAGGUUCUAUAAUCAUGAAGACACACGGCCUGACUUUCGGCUGAGCAGGGAAUCCUUGGCAGUGCUAAUGCGCCUUCUGGAGCUGGACCGACGGCACGGAUGGGGUGCUGAGCUUGAGGUGUUGGUCUUCCUCUUCUGGCUGGCAAGUGGAACAUCAUACCGGGUGGUCUCCCGAGUGUUUGGGAUACCACGCUCCACUGUCCACUGCAUCGUCCACAGGGUCACUGGGGAGGUGGUGGCCCUGCGUCACAAAGUCAUCCACCUCCCUACCAAUGAUGACUUUGAGGCAGUGACCCUUGGGUUUGCACAGUUGGCGAGGCACAGGGCCUUUAGAAGAGCAGCUGGGGCAAUAGAUGGCUGCCAUGUAAGAAUCAGGCCACCCAGUGGCCCUGAUGGUCAGUGCUACCGAAACAGGAAACUGUUUCCUAGUAUCAUCCUACAGGCUGUCUGUGACCAUCAGGGCCGCUUCAUAGACACCUACGUGGGGUGGCCUGGUUCUGUCCAUGAUGCAAGAGUGCUUCGAUACAGUCCUCUGUACCAGAGAGGACUGUAUCCUCCUCCAGGAUACUUCAUCCUCGCAGAUGGAGGGUACCCCUGUCUCCAGCGUCCACUCCCCCUCAUCACUCCCUACAAGAGGCCUGUGCAAGGUGUGGGAGCCCAGCGCUUCAACUGUCAUCAUUCCAAAGCACGUUCAAUUAUUGAGCGUGCCUUUGGAAUGAUGAAAACAAGAUUCAGGGCCAUCUUUUUUCAUGCGCUGGAGGUCCACCACACCUUUGCACCACAUGUCAUCACUGCCUGUGCCGUCCUCCACAACAUCUGCCUUGGGGCAGGAGACACUGUGGCCCUGGAGGACGAGCCACAAGAGAAUGUAGUGGAAGAUGAGGGGGGCAAUGAAGUGGAGGCCGUCGCUGGAGCACAGUGGCGGGACCAGCUGUCUGCUGAGGUCUCUGCCCUGGAGGAGGUUCCCAUGGAGCACGAUUACAUCUAG